ACUUUAUUGGUAUAAAAACACUCAGGCACUAGCCACUUUAUAGACUCUCCCGUCGACUAGGACCGUACAAACACAUACAGAAUGAAGGUUACACUAGUAUUCGUCCUCGCCUUCGCGGCUGUGGCCCUCGCCGAGAAGUACACAGACAAAUACGACACCAUCAACUACCACGAGAUCCUGGAGAAUGAUCGUCUCUCCGACGGCUACAUCAAGUGCCUGCUAGACAAGGGGGCUUGCACCGCCGAGGGCAAGGAACUCAAGAGCCACAUCAAUGAGGCUCUCGCGAACGGUUGCGCCAAGUGCACCAAGGCCCAACAAGACGGAACCAGGGUGAUCAUUAAGCACCUGAUCAACAAGAAGGCUGAUUCCUGGUCUGACCUGAAGAAGAAAUACGACCCUAAGGGCAUCUACACCGUCAAAUACGAGAGCGAGUACAAAACUUUGUAAAUGACUCCUUACCUUUCCCUUUCCAACACCACAUAGUUUUCCGAAAUCCAAGGUCCAACGACUCCAUAGUUUUUUGUUAAAUGUGAUAAUACUCUUAUUGUUAUUAUUGUGACUGAA